AAAAGAAAAGAGGGAAGAAAGAUUCUCGUACCGGACCAGAGUCUAAGCCCUGAAAUCUUUCUCUCUCUGAACCGAACUUCCAUUGCUCGCCGCUGCAACCCUGUCCGCGUAGUGUCGUGUGUUUCGAACUCAAUCAAGCACUCAAUGCGCAAUCCUACUUCCACUUGUUCCAUCCGAGGUUUCCUAUGUUCUCCAAUCAUUCUCCCAAAUCAUCACCGUUUUCUUAGCCUCAAUCCUCCCUCAUCUUCACAUUCCAGAAGAUCUCCACCUUCAAUUCAAUGCGCCGUUCAAUUCCGCCCCUGCAUCGACAUUCACAAGGGGAAAGUGAAACAAAUUGUUGGGUCAACCCUUCAAGAUUUGAAAGAUGAUGAUGGAUCGGAUCCAGUCACCAAUUUUGAGUCUGAUAAAUCAGCAGCUGAGUAUGCCACUCUUUACAAACAAGAUGGACUCAAAGGUGGUCAUGUCAUCAUGCUUGGUGCUGAUCCUUUGAGCAAAGCUGCUUCCCUUGAAGCAUUGCAUGCUUAUCCUGGCGGUCUGCAAGUUGGAGGGGGAAUAAAUUCUGACAAUUGUUUGAGUUACAUUGAGGAAGGAGCAAGCCAUGUCAUUGUGACAUCUUAUGUAUUCAACAAUGGACAAAUGGAUCUUGAAAGGCUAAAAGAUCUGGUUCGGAUUGUUGGAAAAGAGAGACUUGUGUUGGAUCUCAGUUGCAGAAAAAAGGAAGGUAAAUAUGCAAUUGUCACCGAUAGAUGGCAGAAGUUCAGUGAUGUGUCACUUGAUGCCGAAGUAAUGCAAUUUCUUGCCAACUUUGCUGAUGAGUUUCUGGUUCACGGUGUUGAUGUUGAAGGAAAGAAGUUGGGGAUUGAUGAAGAGCUUGUAGCUUUGCUUGGCAAGCAUUCACCGAUUCCCGUGACGUAUGCUGGUGGUGUUACCGUAAUGACUGAUUUAGAGAGGAUAAAAACAGCUGGAAUGGAUAAUGUGGAUGUUACUGUGGGCAGUGCCUUGGACAUUUUUGGAGGGAACUUGGCUUAUAAAGAUGUUGUAGCUUGGCAUAACCAACAAAAGGUCCCUGUGGCUUGAAUAAGCAUUGUGGAGAUUUGUUGGGGGCAGAGGUGGGUGAGAUCUGAGCGAGAAUUUGUUUAAUUGUUUCUUAGUGUAACCCUGAAUCCGGUGAUUUUUCUAUCAAUCUCUAUGCGAUUCCGGUAUUUGCCUCAACCGUUAACUUGUCUUGAGAUUCUUGCACGAUUAUCAUCUGCUACUACACUUAUUACAAACUCAAGGCAAAAAUGUUAGUGAUGCACCUUUUUUGCCUUUUUGGCUACACACUAUUCUCAGUUUGUAUCAGGAUAACAAGAGGUAGUUCCUCCAAAUUUUUUUGAUCCAUAGCCUUGGAUCAUGAUUCAGGAGCAUAUGAAAAUUUAUCCUUAUAAUAACAUACUAUAAAUCAAAUCCUAAAUGCCUUAUAUGAAGUGGUAAUGUCUUGUACUGGUAAUAUCUUGUAUUGGUUCCCUUGUUUUCACUUAAUGACGUGUUGUUAGUUCCA